UACCCCCUCCACUCCGCAUCAGACAACGAACCAACAUCAUUGUAAGCCGGGUCGGGUCGGGUCAAAAAGUCCGGAUCCGAGUACAGCUCCCGUAUGUUUACGACUGUCCUCAUACUUUUCAGUCCACUACGUUUCUUCUUCUUCUCUCUCCAUGUGGUGACUUUCCUAAAAACUAUGGCAACGAUCAUUUCUCCCUUUCUCAUCUAAUCCCCCUUUCAAUCUCUCUCUUUUUUUUUUCAGCUCCGAAACCCUAUAAGUACGACUCAUUUUCACCUCGAUCUUACUUAUUCUACUGUUUUCUAGAAAGUUCUGUUGGUUGAGCUAGUUUAAUUCGGAGAAAUCCAGCUGAAUUUCGCAUUCUGCUGGUGAUUAUUGUACUACAUUAAGUGAUUUUUUGCUAUUUAUAUCGAAUUGAGUUUAUUUAACACCAAUCCGAGAUCAAUUGGGAUAUUGUACUGUUGAAUUGGGAUUUUUUGUUGAGAUCCGUUUUAGAGGUCAAUUUGUUGGGUACUUUGAAGUGAGAGGUGGAAUAUAUCAAAUUGGAGGGUUUUGGAUCGGAUCAGGGGAGAAACAGCGCCAUUAGAUGGCGCUGUUCAGACGCUUCUUUUAUAGGAAGCCGCCGGAUCGGCUUCUCGAGAUCUCGGAGCGAGUUUACGUGUUUGAUUGCUGCUUCUCCACUGACGUGUUGGAUGAAGAUGAGUACAAGACAUAUAUGGGAGGGAUUGUGGCUCAGCUGCAGGACCACUAUGCAGAUGCUUCUUUCAUGGUUUUUAAUUUCAGGGAAGGUGAUAGGAGGAGUCAAAUAUCUGACAUAUUGUCUCAGUAUGAUAUGACUGUGAUGGAUUAUCCUCGUCAAUACGAAGGGUGUCCACUUCUGCCACUGGAGAUGAUUCACCACUUCCUGCGCUCGAGUGAGAGCUGGCUUUCACUUGAGGGUCAGCAAAACGUGCUGUUAAUGCACUGUGAGAGGGGAGGCUGGCCUGUACUUGCUUUUAUGCUUGCUGGCCUUCUUUUGUACAGAAAACAGUACACCGGUGAGCAUAAAACUCUUGAAAUGGUUUACAAGCAGGCUCCUAGAGAGCUGCUUCAUCUUUUGUCACCUCUGAAUCCACAGCCAUCUCAGCUUAGAUAUCUCCAGUACAUAUCCAGAAAAAAUUUUGGUUCAGAAUGGCUGCCAUCAGAUACACCUUUUGCCUUAGAUCGCAUCAUACUUAGUUUUCCUCCUCUAUUUGAUGGCGGGAGAGGCUGUCGACCUGUAUUUCGCAUCUAUGGACAAGACCCUGCUUCAACAACCUCUAAUAGGAGCUCUAAGCUCCUCUUUUCGACUCCAAAGACAAAAAAACACGCUCGUUUCUACCAACAGGAAGAGUGUUCACUGGUGAAAAUUGACAUCCAUUGUCGUGUCCAAGGAGAUGUUGUUCUCGAGUGUGUCCAUUUGGAAGACGACCUAAUAAGGGAAGAAAUGAUGUUCAGGGUCAUGUUCCACACCACAUUUAUUCGCUCAAAUGUUUUGAUGUUAAUGCGUGAUGAUGUUGAUGUCCUGUGGGAUGCAAAGGACCAAUUUCCUAGAGGGUUCAAAGCAGAGGUACUAUUUUCGGAUCCUAAUGCUGUUCCAUCUGUUGUCACUGAAGAAGUGCCAAGUGAGGAUGAGAAUGGUACUGAAGGUGCUUCACCUGAGGAGUUUUUUGAAGUCGAAGAGAUAUUCAGCAAUGCUGUUGAUGGGCAGGAUGGAAGGGGGGAAUCUGGAGCCCACAUUGUCAAGGAAAGUUUGCAGGAUGAUGAUAGUAUUGAAAUAAUAUGGAAAGAGGAGGUGGAACACCAUGCAUUUCAAGAUUGUGCAUCAGACGAAGUAAAUCACAAGCAAGAAGGAAAGACGGAUUCUAAUUGUUCUGCAUCAGAAACCUAUAUUAUAGGAGAUAGAGACAACUCUAUACCCUCCAAGGUUGUAGUUUCCAAUGGUACCAGCUACAUGGAAUCAGAAGUGGUAAUGUCUGGGGAUUGUGUCGCAUCAGAAAAUGGGGAGUUAAAGCAAGAUAAAGAAGGCACUCUGAAACAGAAGAAGUUGGAGAGGGAAGGUUCGCAACAGAAGACUGCUGAUAUUAAUAAACAAAAAAGUGAUAAGACUGCCUCAUCUCUAAAGAAACAAUCAUUCUCCAAUGCAAAACCUUCUGCUGAUGGCGUAGGUCCGAAAAAUAAAUUAAAACAGCAGGAAAGCCAAGGCACCGUUUUACGAAUGGCAAAGCCUAAUGUAGUGUCCCGGUGGAUCCCUCCCAACAAAGGUUCUUACACUAGUUCAAUGCACGUAUCAUAUCCACCAUCAAGGUAUAACAGUGCCCCUCCUGUGCUUGCUCUGACCAAGGAUUCUCAAUCUGGGGUUAAAUCAAAGUCAACAUCUCCUCAAGCUUCUUCAGAAACUAUAGUAUCUGCUGAAACAGGCCGUGUUCCAGGGAUGGACUCUUCAUGUCCUGCAUCUGGUAUGUCAAUGGUCGAGACAUCUGUUGCUACGAUGUCUGUCCCAGAAUCAGUUGAAAGCCAGGCCCUUCAUCCUUCUCCUCUAAGGCCGUUACUUUCUCCAUCACCAAGCACUGCAUCUCAUGGAAUGCCUGAUUUGGAGGUAGCAGGAACCAAUUUACCAUCAGCUUCUGCAACUCCGCCUUUGUCUUUACAGGAGAGCAAUACUAUGACAGCUUCUCUGACUCAACCGGACCCUAAUUCUCCAUCUGCUCUGGUCGCACCUCCCCGGCCACCUUUGCGCAGCCCAUCUCUGUCAUUUUCAAGUAACGUACAGUCAUCUUCACCUCCUCCUCCACCUCCCCCACCCCCUCUGCCUCCACCAUCAACUAGCUCAAGGAUGACCCUGGUGGGUGCCUUUUCUCCUCCCCCACCUCCUCCGCCUCUACCCACUUCAUGCAGUGUGAUAAAUGUUGGUAAGGUCUUGCCACCCCCACCUCCUCCACCUCCACCUAUAUAUGCAUCCACUGUACCAAGAUUGGCUAGCUUUGGGGUUUCUAGAUCAUCAUCACCAUCUCCUCCCCCUCCCCCUCCCCCUCCCCCUCCCCCUCCUCCUAUGCGUACUGGCCAUUCCCCUCCCCCUCCCCCUCCUCCUAUGCAUACUGGCUAUGCCCCUCCUCCUCCUCCUUCACCACCACCUCCCCCUCCGCUGCCACCAGCCCUGCAUUUCUCACAAGUUGGUCCACCUCCUCCACCCCCGCCACCUUUGCGAAAUGCUCCUCCUCCACCACCCCCACCUCCUUCAAAAUACGCUCCACCUCCCCCUCCUCCGCCUUCUUUAUACAACGCUCCAUCUGCACCAUCUCCACCACCUCCACCUCCACCUCCGUUUUCUAGAGCACUUGCUCCACCACCACCACCACCACCACCACCUCCUUUACGUGGUUCUAUACCACCACCACCACCUCUGCUGCCAGGAGCUCUGCCUCCUUCACCUCCACCUCCACCUCAUGGAGCAUCUAUGCAAGGCCCUCCACCGCCUCCUGGAGGUGGCCCCCCUCCACCACCAUCUCCACCUCCUGGAGCACCUAUGCGGGGCCCUCCACCUCCUCCACCUCCACCUGGAGGUGGCCCCCCUCCACCACCUCCACCUCCUCCUGGAGGCGGCCCCCCUCCUCCACCACCUCCAAUGCGUGGAGCUCCGCCCCCUCCUCCUCUUCCUGGAGGUGGAGGUCGUCCACCUGGUCCACCUCCCCCACCCCCUCCGGGAGGACGCGCACCUGGUCCACCUCCCCCGCCCCCUCCAGGAGGACGUACACCUGGUCCACCUCCUCCACCGGGAGCUCCAAGACCGCCAGGUGGUGGACCUCCCCCACCACCACCAUUUGGUGCUAAAGGACCUGCAGUUGGCAGAGGCCUUCCUGCAGGGAGAGGGCCAGGAUUUUCACGCCCAGCUGGUGGUGCAGCCCCACGAAGAUCUAACUUAAAGCCGUUGCAUUGGAGCAAGGUAACUAGGGCAUUGCAAGGAAGCUUAUGGGAUGAACUACAAAGAAAUGGAGAGACUCAAUUGUCACCGGAGUUCGAUUUUUCAGAACUCGAGACUCUUUUCUCUGCUACAGUUCCCAAGUCAGAUAAUGCGGGUAAAUCUGGAGGGAGGAGGAAGUCUGUUGGGUCUAAACCUGAUAGGGUUCACCUGAUUGACUUAAGGAGGGCAAAUAAUACUGAAAUUAUGCUCACAAAGGUGAAAAUGCCACUGCCUGACAUGAUGGCAGCUGCCCUCGCAAUGGAUGAGUCAAUAUUAGAUGCUGAUCAGGUGGAGAAUCUUAUCAAGUUUUGUCCUACAAAAGAUGAGAUGGAACUUCUCAAGAAUUACACUGGCGACAAGGAGCUCCUUGGGAAGUGUGAACAGUUUUUUCUGGAGCUCAUGAAGGUGCCUCGGGUAGAGUCAAAACUAAGAGUUUUUCUCUUCAAGAUCCAGUUCAUCUCUCAGGUCACGGACUUCAAAAAAACCUUAAACACAGUGAACUCUGCUUGUGAAGAGCAGGUCCGACAUUCUCUCAAAUUGAAGGAAAUAUUGAAGAAAAUAUUGUAUCUGGGGAAUACAUUGAACCAGGGAACUGCCAGAGGUUCUGCUGUUGGAUUUAAGUUGGACAGUCUUUUGAAGCUCACUGAUACUCGUGCUACUAACAACAAGAUGACACUGAUGCAUUAUCUUUGUAAGGUUCUUGCUUCCAAGUCACCAUCACUGUUAGACUUUCAUGUAGAUCUUGUAAGCCUGGAAGCUGCAUCAAAGAUACAAUUGAAGUCUUUGGCUGAAGAAAUGCAAGCAAUCAUCAAGGGUUUGGAAAAAGUUAAAAAAGAACUGGAGGCAUCCGAGACUGAUGGCCCUGUGUCUGAAAUUUUUCGCAAGACCUUAAAGGAAUUCGUUGGUGUGGCUGAAGCAGAGGUUGGCUCUGUCAAAGAUUUAUAUUCUGUUGCGGGCAGAAAUGCAGAUGCACUUGCACUAUAUUUCGGUGAGGAUCCUGCCCGCUGUCCAUUUGAACAAGUCACGGUGACCCUCUUAAAUUUUGUGAGGCUGUUCCGCAAAGCCCAUGAAGAGAACUUGAAGCAGGCUGAAUUAGAAAGGAAGAAAGUUCAGAAGGAGGCGGAAAUGGAGAAUGCCAAAGGAGUUAAUCUAACAAAAAAGGGUCUCAAGUGAAUGAGAAUGAUUUCAUUGUUUCAGGGAAUAUUGGAUGUCUGAAUGAUCUGUCUGUCGGUUAACCAUGCUAACUGACGAUAUCUUCCAGAGACUGAGCCGAAGCCUCCUCUCCUUAUGUAAGUGCUUUGGCAUUCUUUGGAUUCAAGAAAGAAUGUUCAGGCUUGUAAACCGGAGUGCAGUGAAAUGCUUUGCAGAUAGGAAGCUGAACCUGACUCAUCAUUGUCGGGGCUCUUGGAUGAUGCAAGCAACCAGUCGCUCCAUAAAUUCAUCGCCUUGAUUUUUGUUAUUGGUAGGUGAUCAUGAAUGCCAUCCAACCUUGAGAAAUUUGCUACAUGAUUAAACAGAUGCUGCAAUCGAGAGCGCGAAUUUGGAUAGAGCCAACAUGCUGGACUCGCUGUGGCACAAAUGUAGUUGCCACAAGGUCAACAUUUACCAGCGACCGCCUUUGUACCAUGCAAACUGUAAAUUAGUAAGUGUAACAUCAGUUUUGUAUAAAGCCUAGCCAGUGUAUCUAGAUUCAAAGUUGAUUCUUUUCAUUGUAACAUAGAAAAAGGGGUUCCCUAUUGUGUCAGUUUAUAUGGGAACCUGCUCCGAAAUUGAUUGUACAGAAAGCAUAGGAGAGGAUAGGGAUAGUUUCUUUUAGCAAUAGUAUUGUAUCAAUACGUAGGCUUUAGGAUUAGUUCCCUUUCCUGGAUACAAAUUUUGGAAAAUAUUCUGAUAUCUUCAUUUAUUCAUCACACAAAUUAUCUGCA